CAAGCACAGUUGCAGCCACUGAGGGGAGAUGCCAUGUCCUGCACCUUCACAGCCCUGCUCUGUCUUGGACUGACCUUGAGCCUCUGGAGCCCAGUGCUGACAGGGUCCCUCCCUAAGCCUAUCCUCAGAGUACAGCCAGACUCUGUGGUCUCCAGGUGGACUAAGGUGACCUUCUUGUGUGAAGAGACAAUUGGAGCCAAUGAGUACUACCUCUAUAAGGAUGGAAAGCUAUAUAAAACAGUAACAAAGAACAAACAGAAGCCAGCAAACAAGGCUGAAUUCUCAUUCUCAAAUGUAGAGCUGAGUAAUGCAGGGCAAUAUCGAUGUUCCUACAGCACCCAGGAUGAAUCAUCAGGCUACAGUGACCCCCUGGAGCUAGUGGUGACAGGUGAGAGACACACAGGAUCCUAGGCCUCAGGUUA